UUGCAUACUUUGGUUGCGUUUUUUACUCCGCUCCCGGUUGCACAAUUGCUCGGUUGCAGUUCGCCCUUUUUGCUAGUUGUUUUUGGACGUCUCGCAGAACGCCUUCCGCCAUCGGAUUCAGAAUCAGCCGGGCAGCAAACUGCCGCUUCUCGCGUAAUUUGCCCGCCAUUUUGCACCAUCGCGCGUUUCCGGUUGGCGACCCUACUUCCGGUUACCGUUUUCGCGCCCGUUUUUUGCCCAGCCAUUGUCCUGCAGGCGAGCUGAAAAAACAAACGCAGGCUACGGCCGGGUUUUAAGGAUCCGAUGCCGUAAAUCAAACGACCGGCAAUUGUGCGUGAGUGAUCGGGCAGGCUCUACACCGAGAGAAAAUUGAAUAAAAAAGCUUCGAUCUAGCUUGUCCUGCGGUCGAGUCCCCAACAAGUGGGCGGAAUUGGGAUUAUGUCCUUGCGAGCACGGGGCAGUCGGCCAAUCCCCGGCAAAUGAAGUGCCGCAGCAUUUGAUUAUAGAGCGACUCCUGAACCGCCCAAGUCGCGUGUGAGUGUGCGCGAGUGUUUGCAUGUCUUGAGAGUUCCGAGCAGGAAGACCGGGCUCACCUAUUGAUUACGGCUCACAAUAGUACUCCACUCCGUUGCCGCUGCUAUGAAGGCAACCUCCAGCAGCAGCUGCAGCAGUGCCGCCAGCAGCUGCAACCAACCGGAGCCGCUGGCGACUGGGAUUGCGUCCAGUGGUCAGUCAGUCAGUGGAGGAAGUGGAGCCAGUGCAGCCAGUGGGGCCAGCACCUCGACGAAGCCGCACCGCCUCAACAAGGUGUCCUUCGCACCGCUGGACCUUCCGUUUCCCAGCGGAGCCACGUGAUACGCGAAUGCGAAUGCGAGUGCCGGCACCACCAUGCCGCACCACAACAUCGUCUGCGAGUGGCUGCGCACCAUCGGACUGGCCCACUACGGCGAGAGCUUCCUGGAGAACGGCUACGAUGAGCUGGAAAUCUGCAAGCAGAUCGGGGAGAUCGAUCUGGACGCCAUUGGGGUGGACAAUCCCUCGCACCGGGGCAAGCUGCUGAAGAGUGUGCGCAUGCUGCGGGAGAAGGGCGCCGCCAUUGUCUAUGUCCUGAUCAACGAUCCCAAGGCUCUGAGCAGCAGCAACGAGAUCCUGGCCUCCGACUGUGAUACGCCGGUGACCAUGAAGGAGCUGGAGGCGGUCAUGAAGCGCCACCUGGAGGCGGACGGCAUCCGGCUCACCGCCCACCCGUACUCGACGCCGGAGGGCAAACGGGGCUACCUGGAGGGCCUGGCCGCCCACUACAGCAAGCAGAUCAACAUGCCAUACGACGACGUGCUGGACGCCAUCGAGCAGGUGCGCCUGUCCAAGUGGAAGGAGCGCCACGUGCGCAUCUCCACGGGGCACACCCUCACCCGCCGGAUGGCCGGGCCCAGCUGCAGCGGAACGGGCCUGGUCAGCUCCUCGGUGAUGCCCACCAGCCACAGCCAGCCGCUCUAUGUGCCCGGCAAGUACUUGCCCUCCAGCUGCCUGUCGAAUCGCGAGGAGAACGAGAUCUACAGCUAUACGCAGAAUGACUUGGCCAAUCGCAUGGCCCGGAAUGCCAUCGACUCCAAGUCGGCCCUGAAUCUGAACGGGAUGCAGCACAGCUAUCCUGGAGCACGGACCAAUUUCUUUUACGACUUUUCGGCAACAGAGGGUCGCAACAAGCACAAGCAGAGGAGAACGGUCUUCGCCAGGUUUUUGCAGGGCCUUCGGCAGAGUGGAGACGAACUGAACGCCACGGAGGGAAUGCAGCUGAAGACCAACGAACGUCUGAGAAAUUGCAGCACGAUGAAGCGACCCGAGCCUCACCAGGACUUUGAAAAGACGAUACAGAGACUAAAGACACAAAAGGCGGCCCAAAAGAAGCCGGCCAGCGCCCCCCUGGAAAUGGCCAUCCACGAGCGGAACAAGGAGGUGGCCCACACCCAUGUAAACGAGAUACCGCUCAAUAAUUAUACGAAGCAUCCCUAGGAUUCGGCCCUAAGCAGCGCAGCUGCUUAAUGCCCACAUUCAGGAUAACCGGCAAUCACAAACAAAAAACAAAACACACACUCACUUAUAUAAAUUGUUGAAUCAAUCAUUGUUCUCAAUCAGGUGAUACACAAUCUUAAGAAAGACAGAAUCAUAAUCUAAAGGAUGAGGCUAAAUAGAAAUGGUAAUAUAGCAGGCCAACGAAGCAAUAUCAGUGCACUCAUAACUUAAAAAUAGGAAGAGAAAUAGCCAUAGGGAUAAUAUCUGCAAGUGUUGAGUUAAACUUACCCAUAGGACUAAUUGACGGACCCAACCUGAUCAGCACCCGCACCCACUGUAUAGUCACCUGACCAUUAAUGAACAGUAAGCCUAGUCUAAGCAGCACUUCACCUACCCUUUCAUCACUACUGCAUACUGCACGGAGAAAAAAUCGAAAUCGA